AUGACGUUGACGUUUACUUGAACAUAACCUAAAAUAAUGCGGAGAGGUGAGAACGAUGGUGGUGAACAAUGUCAGGUGCACGAUGAAUAUGAGAGAGAAGCAAAAGUAUGUUGAAGGAUUCGAAUUUCAAUUUUGUGAUCUAAUAGCGAAAUAUGAGAAAGUGGCAAAAAUUGGUCAAGGCACAUUCGGGGAGGUGUUCAAAGCGAGAGAUCGGGAAAGUACGGACAAGUUCGUAGCUAUGAAAAGAAUUUUUAUGGAUAAUGAAAUUGAAGGAUUUCCAAUAACGGCCCUGCGAGAAAUUAGAAUCUUGCAACUUUUAAAACAUGAAAAUAUAGUUCAUCUUAUAGAAAUCUGUAGAACCAAAGCAACAUUACAUAAUAGAUAUCGAUCAACAUUCUAUCUUAUAUUUGAAUUUUGUGAACACGACCUUGCUGGUUUAUUAUCAAACGUAAAUGUAAAAUUUAGUUUAGGUGAAAUAAAAAAAGUUAUGCAUCAAUUACUCGAUGGCUUGUACUACAUUCACACUAAUAAGAUACUACAUCGAGAUUUAAAAGCAGCAAAUGUACUAAUAACGAAGAAAGGUAUAUUAAAAUUAGCAGAUUUUGGCUUGGCUCGAGCUUUCAGUGUAAAAGCAAACGGACAACCGAACCGUUACACAAAUCGAGUUGUUACUCUUUGGUACAGACCACCUGAACUAUUGUUAGGUGAUAGAAAUUAUGGACCUCCGAUUGACUUAUGGGGUGCUGGCUGUAUUAUGGCUGAAAUGUGGACGAGAUCACCAAUUAUGCAAGGCAGUACAGAACAAAUGCAAUUGACGCUCAUUUCGCAGCUUUGCGGCUCUAUAACACCUGAAGUAUGGCCUGGUGUUGAAUCAUUAGAAAUGUUCAAUAAGGUGGAGUUGGUUAAACAUCAAAAAAGAAAAGUAAUCGAGCGACUGAAACCGUACAUAAAGGAUCCGUAUGCGUGCGAUCUGCUGGACAAAUUACUGACUCUCGACCCUAGCAAGCGCAUCGACUCCGACGCCGCCUUGAACCAUGACUUUUUUUGGACCGAUCCGAUGCCUUGCGAUCUAACCAAAAUGCUUGCCCAACACAAUCAGAGCAUGUUUGAAUUUCUGACGCCGCAUCGGCGCUCCGGUCACGUUAUGCGGCACUUCCAGCAGCAGCAGCAGCAGCAGCAACAGCAACAGCAACAGCAACAGCAGCAGCAUCAUCAGCAACAGCAGCCGCUACCCAGCCAGUCGGCGCACCAGGUGCCAAGACCAAGCGUCAGUAAACUUGUCGACAGCGAGUUCCACGAGCGAACUUACUAGAUGCAGCAAUGUCACGUGUCGGCCCAAUUUACUGCCCCUUAGAGAAUAGAAUUGUGCAUUUAGGUUUCGAAGUCCCAACACGCAUUGAAUAAAGUUUAGCUGGAUUCAAGUGAAUGUAUCUUAAACGUACUGAUAUAGUUAUACAAUGAAUUGUAGUAUAGCUGUAAGAUGAGUAUAGAAAGUAUUUUUUUUUUUCUAUUUCUUCGCUGUACUAUCACUAUGACUGCUAAAUUAAAAUGACGUUAACUUAAUUCUGCCAUAAGAGAUAUUUACUUGAUCUUACUAAAUUAUUUAUUCCAGGGUGCCUUACUUAGUAGGUACGCGUGUAGUAAGUUGACUGUCGGUACUUUCUCAUGGCUAGGUAAUUUAUACUUAAUUACGAUCGAUCAUUAUAAUUUGCGUAGCGAAUAAAUUUAGAACUGUACAAAGUUAUUUAUAAAAUAGCUGAUGAUCUAUUCGGAUAUGAUUUGAGAAAGUAAAAGAUUUUGGAUAGUUUUUAUUGAAUUGCUUACAAAGUGCCGAAUAAAUAAUAAAUUUAAACUUUGUAUAUUAUUAGA